AUGGGUUAUAAAUUUAUGGAUGAUAAAGAUCUUUUACAAAAAUUAAUAAAAUGUAUAGACGAUUUAGAAGUAGACAACGAAGAAUGGAGUGAAAGUAAAAUUGACUUCUUGAGAAAAUAUGGACACAUAGAAUAA